AUGUCAGCCCCAGAAGAGGACGAGGAAGUCGCCCAAGACGCUGAGGAGGAAGAGGACAUGGACCAAGAGCAGGAGGAGGCCGAACAAGAGGAGCCGGAAGAGGAGCAAGACGAAGACGAUCCGAGCGGUAUAGCUGAGGCUGCGCCGAAGUCUUCCGGACGCAAGGGACCCGGGCGCCCACGGGGCAAGAGCAAGCCAGUUACCAAGAAAGACCCCUCCAAGGGCAAGAAGGCACCUGUCCGGACAGAGUACAAAGCAGGGCUUUGCUUCCCCGUUGCCAAAGUCAGGAACCUGCUGAGGGAGAGUGGUUAUGGCCGUGUUUCCCAAGAUGCGUCAAUCUACCUCACCGGCGUCAUGGAGUAUGUCGUUGCAGAGAUUCUGGAGCUGGCUGGCAACACCGUGAAGGAGCAGAAAAAGCAACGAAUCAUUCCUCGCAACAUCCAGCUGGCGAUCCGCAACGAUGAGGAGCUGAACAAGUACAUGGCCAAUGUGACCAUCAAGUCAGGAGGAGUCAUUCCCAACAUUCACACCGUGCUUAUGCCUCAGAAGACGAGUGCGAAAGGCGUCAGCGCUGGCUCCCACUCUCAGGAGUACUGA